CCAGGUGCCCUGACACCAUUUUAAUGAACAUAUUUUUUUGAGCACUUAUCAUCAAUGGCAAAAACAGAUAAAAUAAAUCCCCGUUUUCAUGGAGAUUAUAUGAGGGGGUACACAGAAAAUAUGUAUGAUAAAUAAAUUAUAUAGUUUGUUAGUGAUAAUUGCUAUAGGGGAAAAAAUAGAAACUGUGUGACGGAUAUCAGGAGUAUCUCAAAAUUAUUGUAAUUGAAUGUUACUGUUUUAUUUUGUUCUGUUAUACAGUGCAAGGAUUAUUCUCUUGCAUAUUAUUAUUUUACUUUUUACCUACUAAAGGCUCAAAGCAGAUGAUAAUAUUUCUUAACUUGGCCAUUUUAUUCAUCCAAUAUCAUUGUGAUGUGAGUAUAAUUCUCAUUUCAGAUGAAGAGUAUUGGAAUUCUAAAUUGCAACUCUUUUACCUCAGUUGCGAAAAUAAAUGGGAAAUGGAAUAGCUGCAACUCUCUUUUACUCCGAACCUAGAGUUGCUGCAAAGCUGUCUUUUUUUACUCACCUUUGUAUUUGUCUCUGCACAGGGUCUGCACCUUUAUGUUCACAGAAGAUAUUUGAAGAGCAGACACUAUGUGAACAUCACUGUGGUGUUUACCUUGUUUAUCUAUAGUCUUGGUGUUUCUCCUGAGCACUUGGUUCAACCUAGGUUGCUAAGUCUUUGGGUUUUCCUCCAGAUUUCUGCUGUCUCUGGAUCCAGCCUCUCUGGUCAGUGAUUCCAAUGAAUGUGAAUUAUAAGCAAGGAAGUUAAUUGUUUGGGGCUGUAUUAGUUAUCUACUAUUGUGUAACAAAUUACCUUAAAAUUUAGUGGCUUAAACAACAGGAAAUAUUUAUUGUCUCACUUUCUGUGGGGAAUGAGGAACAAUUUAUCUGGAUACUUUGGCUCAGGUAUUUCAUGAAGCCGCAGUCAAGAUGUUGACAAAGCUGCAAUCUUUGGAAGACUAGAUUAGAGGUGGAGGAUUUGCCUCCUAGGUGGCUGGCAAGCUAGUGUUAGCUGAGGACAGGAGCCUCUCCCUGUCGGUGGUUGAGUGUCUUCAUGGAAUGGUGGCUGGCUUCUCUCAAAGUGCAUGGUUCAAAAAUGUACAAUAUAAAAACCACAAUGUCUUUUAUUGCUUAAUUUCGGAAGUCACAUACUGUCAUUUCUGCAACAUCCUAUUGGUUAAACAGAUAGACUCUAUUCAGCAUGGGAAGGGUGUACAAAAAACAUGAAUACCACAAGGCAGUGAUCAUUAGGAGCCAUCUUGGAGGCUGGUUACCAUAGGGAUCUAGUGAGAAAAAACAAGUAAAUUGGAUUUGUAUCAUAAGCCCACAGGUCCUCCCUCCACAAAGAUAAGACAGAUCUGUGAUAUAACUAAAAGGAAGCCUGGAGGACAGGUAUCCAUCAUGGAAGGAGACCUUCUGACCUGAGUCCUCUCCUGGAGGCUGGAGAGUCCUGAGAUAGAGUGGACCCUGGAAUUGCUGGAUCUGCAGCUUAUUUUAACCCUUCUGCCCUGAGUGGGCAAAGCCUGAAUGACUUCUCAACCUUGAGACAUCAGCAGUAGCUGUGUGACAGUGGAGCGUUUUACCCAGAUGAUGGAAAGGAGAGCUUGGCAUUCUCAGGACUCUGACCUUUUGGAGGAAGAAGACGAUAUGACCAGGUCUCUUGAAACAGUGACGUUUAAGGAUGUGGCUGUGGACCUCACCCAGGAGGAAUGGCAGCAGCUGAAACCUGCUCAGAGGAACUUGUACCGGGAUGUGAUGCUAGAGAACUACAGCAACCUAGUCACAGUAGGUUAUCAAGUCACCAAACCAGAUGUGAUCUUCAAGUUGGAACAGGAAGAGGAGCCAUGGGUGGUAGAGGAAGAAAUGCUUGGGAGGCACUGUCCAGAAGUUUGGGAAGUUGAUGAACAACAGAUCAAGAAGCAACAGGAAGCACUUGUGAGGAAAGUCACAUCCAUCUCCAAGAAAACUCUGAUUAAGGAAAAUGUCAUUGAAUGUAAAAAAGUUACAAAAAUAUUUCCUUUGAACUCAGAUAUUAUUACUUCAAGACCAAACAUCUAUGAAUGUGACUCAUUUGAUAAAGAUUUGGAACAUAAUUUAGACUUACUUAGUUAUGAUAAGGACUGUAUAAGAGAGGAAAAUUAUGAAUAUAAUAAAUACAGGAAGCCAUUUUACCCUUGCUCAUCCCAUGUUCUAACCCCCUUUAAGUGUAAUCAGUGUGGACAAGACUUCAGUCAUAGAUUUGACCUCAUCAGACAUGAGAGAAUUCAUGCUGGAGAGAAACCCUACGAGUGUAAGGAAUGUGGAAAAGCCUUCAGCAGGAAGGAAAAUCUUAUUACACAUCAAAAAAUUCAUACUGGGGAGAAACCAUAUAAAUGUAAUGAAUGUGGAAAAGCUUUCAUUCAGAUGUCAAACCUUAUUAGACACCAGAGAAUUCAUACAGGGGAGAAACCUUAUGCAUGUAAGGAUUGUUGGAAAGCCUUCAGUCAGAAAUCAAAUCUCAUUGAACACGAGAGAAUUCAUACUGGAGAAAAGCCCUAUGAAUGUAAAGAAUGCGGAAAAUCCUUCAGCCAGAAGCAAAAUCUUAUUGAACACGAGAAAAUUCAUACUGGGGAGAAACCUUAUGCAUGUAAUGAAUGUGGUAGAGCCUUUUCUCGAAUGUCAUCUGUUACUCUACACAUGAGAAGUCACACAGGGGAAAAACCCUAUAAAUGUAAUAAAUGUGGAAAAGCCUUCUCUCAAUGUUCAGUGUUUAUUAUACAUAUGAGAAGUCAUACAGGUGAGAAACCCUAUGUAUGUAGUGAAUGUGGGAAAGCAUUCUCUCAAAGUUCAUCCCUUACUGUACAUAUGAGAAAUCAUACAGCUGAGAAACCCUAUGAAUGUAACGAGUGUGGAAAAGCCUUCAGCAGGAAAGAAAAUCUCAUUACACAUCAGAAAAUUCACACUGGAGAGAAACCGUAUGAAUGUAAUGAAUGUGGGAAAGCUUUUAUUCAGAUGUCAAACCUCAUUAGACACCAGAGAAUUCAUACUGGUGAGAAACCUUAUGCAUGUGCAGUAUGUGGGAAAGCCUUUAGUCAGAAAUCAAAUCUCACUGAACAUGAGAAAAUUCAUACUGGAGAAAAACCUUAUCAUUGUAAUCAAUGUGGAAAAGCUUUCAGUCAGAGACAAAAUCUCCUCGAACAUGAAAAAAUUCACACUGGAGAGAAACCAUUUAAAUGUAAUGAAUGUGGUAAAGCCUUCUCUCGAAUCUCGUCCCUUACUCUUCAUGUGAGAAGUCAUACAGGAGAGAAACCUUAUGAAUGUAAUAAAUGUGGAAAAGCCUUCUCUCAAUGCUCAUUACUUAUUAUACAUAUGAGAAGUCAUACUGGUGAGAAACCCUUUGAAUGUAAUGAAUGUGGGAAAGCAUUCUCUCAAAGAGCAUCCCUUUCUAUACAUAAGAGAGGUCAUACAGGUGAGAAACGCCGAGUGUACUAAAUGAGGGAAGGUCUUUUCUUAAAUUCAACUCAUGCUUUACUUAACUUUUGAAAUACAUUGGUGUAAACUCAAAACAACCAAGAUCUUUAUGGAAAAGUUAUAAAACUUUAUUGGAGGGCAUAAGACUUGAAUAAAUAGAAAUACCAUGUAUAGAGAUGGAAAAAAUAUAAAAAUGUCAGUGCUCCAAAAUGAAUCUAUUGACCUAAUGUAGUACCAAACAUCUAACAAGAAUUUUCUAGGAUCUUUACAAAAUGAUUCUAAAAUUCAUGUGAAAUGGAAGUCCCUGGAUUGCUGAGAUGAUUUUGAAUAAGAACAGCAAGGACCCAUCUUCUACCAUAUAUUACACAAAAGUUAUGGUCAUUAAAUAGUGUGUGGUAUCAGAGCAUGAAUACAUAAGCAGAUUUUACAGAAUAGAAUGCCUAGGAAUAAGUCAAUGAAUAUAUGCAAACCUGGUGUAUAUUAUACAUAACAAUGACAUCAUGAAUCAAUAGAGAAAUGACAGCCAAUAAAAUUUGUUGGAGUAUUUGGUUCUCCAUAUUGGGGAAAAUAAAACUACAUGCAAUCUUACAAUAUAUAAAGAAAACAGAAUUCCAAAGGAUUUGAGCACUGGAAUGUGAAAAGCCAAACUGAAAUUCUUGGGAGGAAAUACAGAAUGUUGUCUAUGGUUUUGAGGCAGCGAAUCAUUUUUUUUAAAAGGCAAAAGGACCCUGCAGUUCCAUUUCUGUAUAUUCAUCAUAAACAAAUAUGC